UGUACAGUUUCCAUGGUGUGAGCUGAGGGCGAGCUGCCCCUCUGACGGCCAUUUUUUUCAUUUCUUUUUUAUGUUGGGGUAAGACGGGUCAGUUCAGGUGUGUCCUGGCUUAACCAUUAAACCCAGACUCUAUCCAGUGAAGUUGCUCCGCUCACCUCCUCAAACCACUCCACACUGGGACUUUCACCUGCAGCUCUUUACUGUGUGGCUUCUCGUUUUCUGCGAAAAUGUUGGAAAAGACUUUUUUCCUGCUCUGUUUAUCAUCUGCUCUGGGAAAAGAACUCUGUACACCAGAUGCUUCAGACGGCUACAAUGUUCGACUCAGCAUCAACACUGCUCUGGGAGAGGAAGCCUAUCCCUGGAAUCCAAAUGAGAUGUUCCUUUUCCGAGCCUCUUUGGCUUUUGCCAUGAGGAAUCACAUCGCUGGACAGAUAUUUGACGUGUCAAACAUUGUUGUGUGCGAUGAGACUCCCAGAGUGUCCUUCUGGUUUGUGGUGACCUCACCGCUGAACACUUCAGAACUCGUCAAUAAAGAAAAUGUGGAGGAGGCCGUCAGAAAGUCCAGGAAUCGGAUCAACAAUGCCUUCCUGCUAUCUGACAACACUCUGGAGUUUGUGGGCAUCCCUCCCACCCUGGCAGCACCCGUCAACCCUGACACCCCCCCGUGGCUCAUCGCGUUCGGGGUGGUCAUGGGUGCUGUGGGUGUCGGCAUCAUCGUUAUGCUUGUAUUAUCUGUUCUCCAAAAGAAACGCAAAAAGAGCGCGAAGACAGAAGACGAGGACACUGAAGUGGAGAUACGGCCGAAAACGAUGGAAAAUGGUGCCGCGAGUGAUGGUGUUUACAACCUGUCUUUCACAGAUGAUGAGCCAUUCACACAGAUGUAAAGUGCUUGUGUAUAGGAAGUCUUCCAUGUAAGCAAUAAGAGGGGAAACGUUAUC